GAGGAUCGACCAACAGAAGAAGGAAAUGAAGAUAGACGACCGUUGGCCGUUAAAUCCGUUUUGCGGCAGUGGAGUGUGAAAAGAACCUGGAGAAGAAGAAGACUGGCUCUUAACUUCUGUAACCCUAAAACCCUAAACUCCCUUUAACGUCUUCUCGCAAUGCCCUGUGGCGCUGUACAACUCUCGCUUCCUACUUGUGCUUUCGAGUCUUCUAGAAAGCCUCUGAAUUUCAGACAUUGCCACUUCCGAAUCGCGUGCUCCUCCUCCUCCUCUGAAUCCAACCUUCAAAAGGGAGAUGACGAUGAAAACCAAGCUGAUCACGGCAGAAAUCGAGGCCGACCGCACGUGAUCUUAGUGGAGAGAUAUGGAAAUGGCACUGCUAAGAGGUAUGUGGUAGAUGAUGAAUUGAAAGUGCAAACUUUUAUCGAGGAGGAGCGUAGUUUAGUAUCUAAUAAAUCUGAGAGCUCACAUUUCUCCAACUCGACAUUAUCAUGGCUUCCGGAUAUUGUCAAAGAUUUUAUCUUUCCUGCAGGUUUCCCAGGAUCAGUUUCUGAUGAUUAUUUGUCGUACAUGUUGUUACAGUUCCCUACCAAUGUAACUGCAUGGAUAUGCCAUACCUUAGUCACAUCAAGUCUUCUAAAGGCUGUCGGUGUUGGCUCUUUCUCAGGCAGCACUGCUGCUGCUUCAGCAGCUGCCAUCAGAUGGGUUUCAAAAGAUGGAAUUGGAGCUGUUGGACGCUUAUUUAUCGGUGGGCGAUUUGGCAAUCUUUUUGAUGAUGAUCCAAAGCAGUGGCGCUUAUAUGCUGACUUUAUUGGCAGUGCUGGAAGCAUUUUCGACCUUACUACACCAUUGUAUCCUGCCUAUUUCCUGCCAUUGGCAUCUCUUGGAAAUCUUGCCAAGGCUGUUGCGAGAGGGCUAAAAGAUCCUUCAAACCGUGUGAUUCAAAAUCAUUUUGCAGUUGAGGGAAAUCUGGGGGAGAUAGCAGCAAAGGAGGAAGUUUGGGAAGUGGCUGCUCAGCUGCUUGGCCUGGGUUUGGGCAUACUGUUCCUAGAUACACCAGGCCUUGUAAGAGCAUACCCAGUAUUGGCAACAACAUGGAUGGUCAUGCGGCUUCUGCACCUUUGGUUACGCUAUCAAUCACUUUCAGUUCUCCAAUUUAACUCUUUAAAUCUUAAGCGUGCUCGUAUUCUGGUAAAAUCUCAUGUAUUACACUCUAUUGUACUUGGUUCUGUUGAUUGCAAUAGGGAAGAAAACAUAUUAUUGUGGCCAAGAUUCAUGACACCACGAAUUACAUUUGGUGUUCCCUUGGAGGAGAUGAUUUUUGGAGAGAGAACUGCUCCCAUGUUGAAGGCACUUCUGGAGUUAUACACAAAGGAGAAAUAUAUUCUUGUAGUGAACCAACAAAUAAGCAACUUUGAGGUCUUUGUUUCAUUCAAGGUUGGAGCUACGAGUAUCUCAGUUUUACGAAGUGUUUGGCAGGCUUAUUGGCUAUAUGAGAACUGGAAUAGGUUAGGUAAUGCAUUUGACCAGCUUACAAAAAGCCUGCUGGAGAUGGAAGAUAGAUUUGAAGACUUCAUCCAGCAGUUAAAUGGAAGUGGAUGGGAUACAAGUCAAAUUAAUUUGAAAGUCCCCAGGGAAAUCUCCCUUGAUGAAUUGAGCCCCAUUUGAGUUUUCAAAUAUGGGUUUUGUAAUUUAUUUGUUGUUAGUAUGAAUACGACGGGGAAAUGUUGAUCUGCAAAGU